UCAGUGCCCAUCACAUUCCCUAGACUUCACCUCGAUCUGACCGAUCUCAUUUUCUCAACCUCUCGUCUCCUUAACAUCACCAAACCUCAGUAAAAAUGUUCUCUGUCGCUGCUCUUCUCGUUGCCUUCUUCGCAUGCCUCCAAACCUUCGUUUUCUCUGUGCCCAUUCCUUCGCAAGGGGUCCAGAAACGCACGACUGGCGAGGCUACCUACUUUUACCUCGGCGUUGGCAAUUGUGGUGAAGAUGAUACCGGCAAAGACAGCGAAUACAUCGUUGCUCUGGACUCUACUACCUACGGCAGCGGCGAAUACUGUAAUACCUACGUCUCCAUCACGGACACCACUACUGGAGAAACUCAGAAAGGUCUUGUAAGAGACUCAUGCCCUUCGUGCGCCGUUGGCAGCAUUGACAUGUCAACGGGACUUUUCACGGCUUUGCAUGGCAGCACGGAUGCCGGCGUCUUCACAAUGUCGUGGGAAUUCGCGUCCGACUCAAGCUCAUAAAUGUUUGAGUCUCUCAUGUCGCCUUAUAUACCCAGUUUUUCAUACUCGUAGAAGUUUUUAAUUUUGUUAUUAGCAGGAAGAAAUCUGGCAUUUGCUUUCUCUAUAUAUUGUUCACGGACUGCUUUAGGAGCGCCUUAUUAGUGUUGCCCUUCUACUUCCAAUCGAUUUUGGUUUUUACCGUCCUUUUGUUGCGAAAGUGACCUUCCCAUUGUUGAUGUGCCUGCCCGCGA